GAAGCCAGCAAGCAAAAUAUGAGCGGCGCGCAGAGGGCAAGAGUUAGGGCGAGAGGGAAAUAGAGAGAGAGAGAGAGAGAGCUUCUUCUGGCUGUGCCGGCCGGAGAUCCAGAAGAAACCAUUUCUGAUCGCUUGGAUUUCUGGGACAAACAAAAUCAAAAUGGGGUGAGAAAAGGUUUCAGUCUGUUGGGGGCUUGUGAUAAUUUUGGGAACUUUGUGACUUCUCUCUGAAUUUCCGAAUUCGGGUCUUGCUUAUUCUGGUGCUUCGAACAAAAUGGUUCUUGAUCAAGGAAGGAACGGGAGAGGUGGCGUCGACCCCUGGGCGAAAUUCAAGAAGCCUAAGGUUCCAAAAGCGCCACCACAGAGAGGGCUUGGGGUUGCCCAGCUGGAGAAGAUUUUGAGAGAGCAGGAGCAGAAUAGCCAUGACCCUGCCAAAAUAGCACCGCCCAUUGGGCCUUUUCCGUCCAAUUUUGUGGGCGGCGGCGGCGGCCGGGAAAUUGGUGGGUCAGGCAUGGUUUUCCCGGAAAAUGACUAUUUUCCUUCAAUGGAUUUUCCUGAGAAAGUGAAUCCAAAUUUGCCUUCCCCUAUCUUGCUGCCAACAAAAGAUCAUCAGUACCCUCCUUGGAUGAUGAAUCAUGUUAUUCCCUCUGGGUCAUCCACUGGUGUGGAUCAUCAUCCGAUAGAGUUCCCUUCAAACCAAAGACCUUUCAACUAUGCAUCCAUUCAACCAGAGCAAGAGAAGAGUGUUGGCACAAAGCGGCCAUGGCCUUUCAGUCCUGCCGAGCCACAGGCUCCCAUUUACCCCAACGAAGUGCCUUCAUGGCUUCCUCAAAUGCACAUAACAGAGCCGCCAUCUUCAUGUAUAAGUUGUGGGGCAAUUAUCUCUCAUCCCGGCAAGGAAACCUCCAGUUGUCUUCUCAGGGACACAAGGAAACUGUUGCAGCCUAAGAUGAGUGGAAACAAAAGCAGUAUGGAUGUCCAGGCCUUUGAUUUUCUGUCAUUAGGCCUUGCUGCACCUUCUUCACCACCUGCACAAGCCAUUCCUGAGGAAUUUCCUGCAUUCUGUUCAUUCCCAUCCCAGGAAAGCAAGGAUGAAUAUGGUGGAUGGAGUCAUCAAGAGCCACCCUACAGCUCUGUUCCACCAAAGAGAGGAGCUGGAUCGGCAGAAACAGCCACAAGUUCCAGCCAAAUGACAGGUGGGAACACAGGGGAUGCUGUUGAUCUCAACCUGAAACUCUCAUUAGGCUGAUUAACAAGGCAUUAAGGCUGAUUAAUAUGGACCUCGCUCUCCAUAUUAAUUGGUGAUCAAUGGUGUGGCAUAUAGUUAAAAGGAACUUGUUGCAGAAUAUGAUGACAUAUGGAUGUUAUUAUCUUUGAACUUCUUAGAGUUUGAUAGCUGCUUGCUUGCUUCCUUCCAUCUUUUCAAGAACAGGCCCAUAUCUCGUGCUUGCUGAAUGUUGAAUACCAAAUUUUACUUCAUUUUACUCUAAAAAUUUGAGUGUUAAAUCUCUCAUGUGAUGCUUGGGGUCCUCCCCUUAAAGUACUGGUUGAAGUCUUAACCACUUUGAUAGUAUCGUCCGUCUGAAUUGGUUCUAAUAC